UUCCCCACUAUCCCCUUCCCCUUUCCUCUUACGAAUCUUUUACUUGAGAAACCAAACAGACACAAAAAAAGCAUUUAUUUUGUUCUCGCAAGAUCGAAAAAGUGAAGAAAAUAAAAUUUAUUAUUUUAUUAAAGUUUUGUUUGGGGGAAAUUGAGAGAAAAAUUUGAAAAAAAAAAAAUCCAAGAUGAAGAUCACAUCGUUAGUAGUACUGAAGUGCAACCCGGAAGGAUCCGAUCCGAUAAUACUAGCGAACGCUACCGAUGUGAGCCAUUUUGGUUACUUCCAAAGGUCAAGCGUCAAGGAGUUCAUCGUCUUCGUUUCUCGAACUGUUGCUAAACGUACUCCUUCUGGUCAGCGCCAGUCCGUUCAGCACGAAGAGUACAAGGUACAUGCUUACAACAGAAAUGGACUUUGUGCCUUGGGAUUUAUGGAUGAUCAUUAUCCAGUUCGAAGUGCUUUUUCGCUUCUCAACCAGAUUCUAGAUGAAUAUCAGAAAAAUUUUGGGGAGUCUUGGAGAAAUGCACAAGCUGAUAGCACUCAACCUUGGCCGUAUCUGAAUGAUGCUUUGACCAAAUUUCAGGACCCUGCAGAGGCGGAUAAAUUAUUGAAAAUUCAGAGGGAGUUGGAUGAAACUAAAAUCAUCCUUCAUAAAACUAUUGAUAGUGUGCUUGCACGAGGUGAGAGGCUGGACAGUUUAGUUGAGAAGAGUUCAGACCUGAGUGCUGCGUCUCAGAUGUUCUACAAGCAGGCUAAGAAAACCAAUCAGUGUUGUACCAUACUGUAAACUUGCAAGAGAAAGCAACAAUGUUGUGAUAUGGGAUUCGUUUAUGUUGGCCUCUAAAGUUGAUGAUGAUUGAUGACUGUAAACUUGUGUUUAUAAUAUGGUUUUUCAAGAUUGUUUGCUGGUGAGAAUUCCUGAUCUUUCCCCUUUCUGGGCAAUUUGUUGUUUGGAUGAAAAGUGGAAGGGUAAACAACUGGUCUCACCAUUGGCGGUGUAGUAGAUAUUUUUUUCUUUUCUUUGUACGCGACUUGACAAAUAGAUCUUAUUUCUUGUUUCUGUGGAUAGUAAUAUAAUAUAAUAAUUUGUGUUGGCUUGUGUUGUGUUGUUUGAUUAAA